AUGGCCCUAUACCCAAACUGCAAGAAUCAAGCUCGACAACAGAAGGAUCCGUAUGGAAGCCUCAACGACGCUAGCGAGAAAACGGUAGGCACUAGCGUGGUAGGAGGAGGAGGAGGAGGAGGAGGAGGAGAAGGAACGGGAGGCAACUACCUGCACUAUCAACAACAUGUAGAAGGAGAAGAAUCAGCAGCAGGAGCGGGUGCGGCGGUGGAGAGGUAUCAUUACUCUCCGGAGAAUUCCCGGAGGUUGGGUCACCCUCUCCAAUCUCCCAGAUUCAGUGGGCAUGGCAUCCCCAAAUCAUGGUUUAGGCCUGCAAUGGAAGGAGAGGGUCGGGCUUAA